GUCAAGCACUGGACAGGAAGCGGUGUAAUCUUCCAAUCGGAAAGCACGAAAGGGGGAACUUUGUAAAUACAUGUCGGCUGAACUGAGGUUUUGGGUUGAGUUUGCAGAAAGAGAACUACACCGCCGUUAACUUAAAUAAAUACAAUCUUUAUAACAGCGAUUGUAAGAGAGACGGCCAAGUAGAAUGUAGACGCGAGAGGGAGAGGGAGAGGGAGAGGGAGAGGGAGAUGGCGGAAGGCGGCUGUGCCUCUGGGGCCGAUUUUAGCGACUCCAGCGUUGGAGAAACCCAAUCACUGUCUUCUCAUGGGAUGGGCGGCGGUGCCAGUGCAGGUCACAACCUGAAGGAGUGGCUACGGGAGCAGUUUUGUGACAAGCCCCUGGACCAGUGUGAGGACAUGCGCCUACACGACGCGGCCUAUGUGGGAGACCUGGACACCAUCAAAAACCUCUUGCGAGAGGACAGCUUCAAACGGCGGAUUAAUGAGAAGUCAGUGUGGUGCUGUGGCUGGCUGCCCUGCACCCCCCUGCGCAUUGCCGCCACGGCUGGCCACGGGAAUUGCGUCAGCUUCCUGAUUGGAGAGGGUGCCGAGUUGGACCUGGUGGACGUCAAGGGGCAGACCGCACUCUACGUGGCCGUAGUCAACGGACACCUGAGCUGUGUGCGAAUCCUGCUGGAGGCAGGGGCCGACCCCAAUGGUAGCAGACACCACCGCAGCACGCCCGUGUACCACGCAGCGCGAGAAGGGAGGGUGGACAUCCUCCAGGAGCUUAUCAGGUUUGGUGCUAAUGUGGAUGUUGACCAGCAGCUGGCUGUGCGCCCCCUGCUGCCUAACGCGCGGCGCUUCACCUCCCUGGUGGUCUGCCCACUCUACAUCAGUGCUGCCUACCACCACCUCCACAGCUUCCAGCUGCUCAUGCAGGCCGGGGCCAACCCCGACUACAACUACUGGGGCCCGGUGAGCAGGGAGGCGUUCAGCAGGGGCUCCCCCACCUGUAUGCUGGACGCGGUGCUGCGACACGGCUGUGAGCCUGCCUUUGUCAUGCUGCUCAUUGACUAUGGAGCCAACCUGAACCUGGUCGAGUGGGAGGCCCUGGACCCAGAGACCAUGGGAAGAGUCAAAGUGAACCAGGAUGCACUGCAGCUCUUCAGAGAGGCAAGAAGUUCUCCUCGGACGUUGACAUCACUGUGCCGUAUCGCCAUCCGAAGAGUGCUUGGAAAACAGCGGCUGAAAGACAUUCAGAGUCUACAAAUGCCUCACAGCAUCAAGCUCUUCUUGCUCCAUAAAAACCUUUAAAAAGUAACUUGCAUGAAGUUUGUGGGAGUUGCACAGAGCCUGUUUCGAUUGUUGCUGAUAAACCAGAUACAUUUCUGGGGUAAUCUCAGUGUUUAAUUUACAGUAGCAGCCUGGAUAUCUGUUAUCAUGUGGAAUUCACUGUGUCACUAUAUGGAGUUCUGCUGAAAUUGCAGGUUCUCUGUAGGGGUGUGUUGUGCGGUAGCGUCACAGCCCAGAUGGUCUUGGCAGGGAGAAAGACUCAGACACAGAAAGCUGCAAGAUAAUUUGCGCUAAUGAGCUCUUUAUUUACAAAUAAAAAAAAAUAACAUUGACAAACCCACUAAACAAAAUAAACGACACAAGGGCCAAAACAAAAGGUUCUACAAAAACUCAUAAAAAUAAACACGGACAGCACAGCAUGGAACACAAAACACAGAUCUCCACCUCCAUCACCAACAUCAACUCUAGUCAUUCUCUCUAACACCCGUGACACCUAUUUUAUACACCUGUGGCUGGAGCCAAAUUAAUAAUUUAUUCAAUUGUCAGCUCAAGCCACAUUCCCAUGUGAUUUUGCAGGGAGGAAUUUAACCCCACAGCCUGCCAUCCAAUAUUCCCCCGCAUACACACACACACCUGUGCUCCGGCAGGGCUUUCACACUGCCACAGGGUGUAACGAUACACUAAUGUCACGAUACGGCAUGUAUCACGAUAUACGGGUUGCGAUACAAUAUGCAUUACAAUACAUGUGAUGGUCCUGAUGGGCUACCCGUGCACUGUACCAUGGCUAUUUAAUCCCUGUACGCAGUGUCGGGUUUACAGUUUGAAUGGUCAAUGAGAGAGAGAGUUAUUGAGUAACUGAACUCUACAGAGCGCGGUGCAGUUCAGUGCAUAUGUUUGAUGCUGUGCGCCUGCUGAAGCAUGCUUGGGACUCUGUCAGUCAGCAAACAAUCCACCGUUGCAUCAAGAAAGCUGGGUUUUCUGUAGUUGAGAAGGAGAGUGCUGAUGGAAAUACGACACAAACUGACACUUUGACAACACCAGAUGGGAUGUCAGAGGAAGAAUUCUCUCAGCUGUGUCACCUUGGUGAUCACGAUGCUCUGCUUGAAAUGGACUGCAUACACGCUUGUUUGUUUUGUUUACUGUACUGGUGAUCGGAGGACAUUUUGAAUGUCAGGUUAACGUGUGGGAUGUACUCCGUGCUUAUACUGGCCAUCACUUAGUGUGGGUGUAUCGCGUUAACACAAACGCGUCCGAUCUAAGCGGUGACAACUGUACCAUGUAAAGAAAGAAUCCCUUUUCAUCGAUAAACAAUGACUUGUUACACCCCAAGUUCUCUGUGGGAAGAACAGGACUAAUCACAGGAUCUCCUUAUGUGCAUCCAUGAGCAAGGCAAGGAUGUUGCAUUACUAGGGGUGAGACAAUACACCAAGGUCACAAUACGAUACGUAUCACGAUACUACUGAAAAACUCAUCUCUACUUGACGGACUGGAAAAUAAUUACAAUUUCAAUUCUAUAGACACAGAUUCAGUUCAAAAUAAAUUUUAUUUAUUUCCCACAAAGUAAUAAACCACUAGUUUGAAUUUAAAGACAAAGCAGUAUGUCAACUAGAGUUCCUGGGAUAUCCAUUUUAGCCGAAUUAACCAAAUCUCCUUACCACACUUCUGAGAGAGGAAAAAAAUACUAAGCAAUGUGUUUGAUAACUAUUAAAGUACAAACUUUGUUCACGUCCUUCUUUAGAAACAUCUAAAUAUCAGUGAAGUCUAAUCAAUAACAAUUUUAAUAUUUUUAAAAAGUACAUCAGCGUUUUUGCUUGCAUCAUACUUAACUUUAACUCAUUAUGAGUAUUAUUAUUAAUAAUAAUAAUAAUAAUAAUAAUAAUAAUAAUAAUAAUAAUAAUAAUAAUAAUAAUAAUAUACCAUACCUUUUAUCACUAAGUAUUUGUAUUUUGGAAGUUAAGCUUGAGUAUAUUAUUUUAUUUUAUAUACUAUUCUACACUGUGCUGUUCUUAAAUGUGGUUAGAAAUAAUUGUAAUUCUUAGAUUAAAAUUAAUGAUAAAAUUAGUAUUAAAUAAGUAAAGGAGAGCAAUAGAUUACAACUGGUAAAAUAAAAAAGAAUAACAUAUAGCUACAGUAUAUCUAUAUGUAAAAUAAAAUGCUCUCUCACAAAAGACGACAAAGAAAUAUAUACAGUGCCUAUAGUAAGUAUUCACCCCCCUUGGGCGUUUUCACAGGCAAGAGAAUUUUUAUUGUGAAACAGCAGUUAAUGAAAUAUAAAAAAACUGAAAUGUCUUGGUUAGAUAAGUAUUCAUCCCCAUGAGUCAAUAAUUGGUAGAACCACCUUUGGCAGUAAUUACAGCUGUAAGUCUUUUGGGGCAAGUCUCUACCAGGUUUGCACAACUGGAUCGUGCAAUAUUCGCCCAUUCUUCUUGGCAAAAUUGUUCAAGCUCUGUCAAGUUGGAUGGGGAUCGUUGGUGGACAGCAAUCUUCAAGUCUUGCCACAGAUUCUCAAUCAGAUUCAAGUCCGGGCUUUGACUGGGCCACUCUAAGACAUUCACUUUCUUGUUUUUAAGCCACUCCAGUGUCGCUUUGGCUGUGUGCUUGGGGACAUUGUCCUGCUGAAAGGUGAAUCUCCAGUCUUGGGUCUUUUGCAGACUAAAGCAGGUUUUCAUCAAGGAUUUACCUGUAUUUAGCUUCAUCCAUUUUGCCCUCUACCCUGACAAGCUUUCCAGUCCCUGCCGAUGAAAAGCAUCCCCAUAUUAUUAUUAUUAUUAUUAUUAUUAUUAUUAUUAUUAUUAUUAUUAUUUAUUUCUUAGCAGACGCCCUUAUCCAGGGCGACUUACAAUUGUUAUAUCACAUUAUUUUUACAUACAAUUACAUUAUUUUUUACACAUUAUUUUUACAGAAAUGGCUUCCUUCUUGCCACUCUUCAAUACAGGCCAGAUUUGUGGAGUACCUGAGCUAUUGUUGACACAUGGACAGUUUUUUCCAUCUCAGCCAUGGAAUGCUGUAGGUCUUUCAGAGUUGUCAUUGGCCUCUUGCUGGCUUCUCUGACCAAUGCCCUUCUUACCCAGCUGCUCAGUUUGGGAGGACGGCCUGCUCUAAGCAGAUUCUGGGUGGUGCCGUAUACCUUCCACUUCUUAAUGAUCGACUUGACUGCUUCAAGGGAUAUUCAAUGCCUUUGAAAUCUUUUUAUACCCCUCCCCUGAUCUGUGCCUUUCCACAACUUUAUCCCGCAGUUUUUCUGAAAGCUCCUUGGUCUUCAUGGUAGUGUCUUUGCUUUGAAUGCACUACCCAACUGUGGGACCUUACAGAGACAGGUGUAUUUAAUCUGAAAUCAUGUGAACCACUUUUAUUGCACACAGAUGGACUCCAUUUAACAUAUUGUGUGCAUUCUGAAGGCAAUUGGUUGCACCUGAGCUUAUUUAGGAGUGUCAUAGCAAAGGGGGUGAAUACUUAUCUAAUGAAGUUUUUUCACACAUUGAAAGUGUUGAGUAGGUUGUGUAAAUCAAAGGAAAAAAAAAAUCCAAUUUAAAUGCAUCAAGAUUUCAGGUUGUAACACAACAAACUGAAAACGUCCAAGGGGGGUGAAUACUUACUAUAGGCACUGUAGCGUUUGAAUACAAAAACUAGUAACUUUAGUAAAAUUCCAGUCAUAGCAGCGAGUUUUUACAGACAAUACUCGCUUACUGAUUCCUCUGUGUCCACAACAAACAAGGCAGACUGUCUCCGCCUCCUCUACACUCCCAUUGGCCAGAAUCAUUGCUGUCUUAACUAACAUUAGCCAGGCAGUGUUUCUGCAGCCUGUUCUGAAACCUUUAGGACAGUGUCAGUAUUCCCUGCUUGCUAGCAAUGGAAUACAGGAAAAAAAAUAUCUUAUUAUUUGGGCCUAUUUAUUAUUAUUAUUAUUAUUAUUAUUAAUAUUAUUAUUAUUAUUAUUAUUAUUAUUAUUAUUAAGGUUUUUAUCUAAGUUUUACUUUUUUUCUCUAAAUUUCAUUUAACUUUUUAUUAUUGUUAUGUCAUUUCACAUUUUAAUUAAAUUAAAUUAAAAGAAAUAACUCACCAUUGUUUCCUCUACUCCCGCUUAAAUUCUGGAAGCGUCUGACCAAGUCAUUGCACAAUGGGCUAUGUCUAGGAUCACGCGAAGUUUACUUUCAAGAAACCAAGACCUUUUAUUUCAUAAUUGGCAGUUUAAUAAAUGUGCCAUAUUAGCUACUCAUUUCAGGCUUGUAUAACGAUACACAAAGGUGUAUCGUUUCUUGUUGUAAAUCAAUACACGGUUAAUCGUCUCAUCGCUAUGCAUUACAUGCAACAGUACAUCCAGAUUACAUAAUACAGUUAUACAGCAGUAUAGAGGUUGACCCCCAGUCACUCUCCAUUAUGCCUCGGGCCAAGCAGAAGUAGAGUUUAAUUUUAGUGACCAAGACCAGUCCUAUCAAAGCAGUUAGCAUAAGGAAGGGUAGAUCCUGAACCUACUACACUAUCCCACAAACUUGCCAGUGAGGUGGGAGAAUGGUCACAGCCCAUGGACUGAGGUUUAGAUGGGCUACCUCAGUUGCUCGCUGCUGCAUUAUGAGCUGCUAAUGUAGAAAGGUCAAUGAGUCUUUCCCCCAAAGAGGAGAAGUAGAGAAGACAGAGACUUUAAAGAGAGGGGAAGCAUAGCUGGAAGAGGCAUGGCUAGAAGUGGAGAUAGACAGGAUUGGAAACUUGGUCCUCUACGUACCUUCCUGGCACCUGGUUAUUUCAGUGAUAUACCUAAACAAGGUAGUUUUGAAAACCAGGACUGGGUGCAGUAGUGUGAGUUUCCUACUCUUCUCUUUUUGAACAGCAGCAAGCUUCUAUUUAUUGGGAACCGCAUGCCUGAAUUUUAUUAAACUUUGCUUGAACGUUGUUGUUCCACAUAUUAUUAUGUAGGUCACCGUACUGGCAUUGGCCGAUGUAUUGAACCGCUUGUAGACUAUUGAUGAAGCUGCAUGGUCAUUUGUUGUGAGAUGUCAGUCAUGGUACUGUCACCUGGAGUAUGUACUCAUGAUUGGCUGAGGACAUGUUACUUGCAUACCUUGUUGCUAAUAAUUACAUUUUCUGGUCAAAAUAAUGUGUUAACGGUAGAUGUUUUUUAUUUGCACUCUCAGCUAUCCAGUGAGGUGUACCUGGAUUCUAGUAAAAUUAGCAAAUGUGGAAUUAAAAUGCAAAAAUGUAAAACAUA